AUGCGCCGCGCGCUCCUGGCGCUCCUAGCCGCUGCCGCCGCCGCUGCCGGGGCCGCCUCCGGCCCCCCGUGUCCCGUAACGGCACCGGACGGAGCCGGGACACGGUCCCGCGUGGGGCCGGCCCCGAGGAGAGCCAAGCGCUUCGCCUCGGUGCCGCGGUACGUGGAGAUGCUGGUGGUGGCGGACGAGUCAAUGGCCCAGUUCCAUGGCGCGGGGCUCCGGCGGUACCUGCUGACGGUGCUGGCGGCAGCUGCCCGGUCCUUCCGGCACGGCAGCCUGGGCAAUCCGGUGGAGCUGCGGGUGACACGGCUGGUGGUGCUGGGCCAGGGCACCCCCGGGCCCCCUCCCACCCCCAACGCUGCCCAGAUGCUCCGCAACUUCUGCCAGUGGCAGAAGGGGCUCAACGUCCCCGACGAGGACAGUCCUCUCCACUUCGACACCGCCAUCCUCUUCACCCGGCAGGACCUGUGCGGGGCAGCCACCUGCGACACGCUGGGCAUGGCUGACGUGGGCACCGUCUGCGACCCCGAGCGGAGCUGCGCCAUCGUGGAGGACGACGGGCUGCAGUCGGCGUUCACGGCUACCCACGAGCUGGGCCACGUCUUCAACAUGCUGCACGACACCUCCCAGCCCUGCCGGGAGCUGAACGGCCACUCUGGAGCUGCCCGCCACGUGAUGGCUCCGGUCCUCUCCUCGCUGGAGCCUGGUGAGAUGUGGUCCCCAUGCAGCGCCCGCUUCAUCACCGACUUCUUGGACAACGGCCAUGGUCACUGCCUCCUGGACAAGCCUCCGGAGUGGCUGCAGCUGCCCUCGGCACUGCCGGGCACGGUCUACCCAGUGCUGCGGCAAUGCCAGCUUGCCUUCGGGCCCGACUCGCGGCACUGCGGCGACCUGCAGCCGCCCGCCUCGCUGUGGUGCACCGGCCACGUCGGUGGCCGCUCUGUCUGCCAGACGAAGCACUUCCCCUGGGCUGACGGCACGCCAUGCGCGCCGGGCAGAGCCUGCAUGGACGGGCUCUGCGUCAGCAUCGGCCGCAUGCAGGAGCUCACCACGCCCGUGGAUGGUGGCUGGGGGCCGUGGGGGCCAUGGGGCAGGUGCUCACGGACCUGCGGCGGCGGGGUCCAGCUCUCCCACCGCAACUGCAGCGCGCCGGCACCUCGCCACGGUGGCCGGUACUGCGAGGGCAAGCGCACCUGCUUCCAGUCCUGCAACGUGGAGGAGUGUCCCGGCAGCACCCCCCUCACCUUCCGGGAGGAGCAAUGCGCUGCCUACAACCAUCGCCCCGGCCUCGUCAAGGGGCUCCCAGCCCCCCCAGACUGGGUGCCACGCUACAGCGGCGUCCCCGAGCGGGACCAGUGCAAGCUGACCUGCCAGUCCCAAACCCUGGGCUACUACCACGUGCUGCAGCCGAGGGUGGCCGACGGGACGCCCUGCUCCCCUGAGAGCACAGGGGUAUGCGUGCAGGGCCGCUGCAUCCCUGCCGGCUGUGAUCGCAUCAUCGGCUCCAAGAAGAAGUUUGACAAGUGCAUGACGUGUGGCGGUGAUGGCUCCGGCUGCACCAAGGUCUACGGCUCCUUCACCAAACCCCGCUACGGCUACAACGACGUGGUGAUCAUCCCGGCGGGCGCCACGCACCUCCUGGUCCGGCAGAUCUCAGCGGCGGGCGGUGAGGACAUCUUCCUGGCACUGCGGCGGCCAGCCGGCGGCUCCCUGCUCAAUGGCGGCUACGUCCUGGUGCCCUCCCCAACCGACGUGGUGCUGGCGGGUGGCACUACCCUACGCUACAGCGGGGCCACGGCGGGCGGCCGGUACCAACCCUCCACCUGCGAGCCCCGGUCCCGCACCGCCGUCAUCAUCCCCCACCGCAACCGCGAGACCCACCUGGGCCACCUCCUCUACUACCUGCACCCCUUCCUGCAGCGCCAGCAGCUCCAGUAUGGCAUCUACGUCGUGCACCAGGCGGGCAACUCCACCUUCAACCGGGCCAAGCUGCUGAACGUGGGGGUGAAGGAGGCACUGAAGGACGAGGAGUGGGACUGCCUCUUCCUCCACGACGUCGACCUCAUCCCCGAGAACGACCACAACCUCUACACCUGCGACCCCUGGAACCCCAAACACGUCUCCAUCGCCAUGAAUAAAUUCGGAUACAGCCUGCCGUACCCCCAGUACUUCGGGGGGGUCUCGGCUCUCACCCCCGACCAGUACAUGAAGAUCAAUGGUUUCCCCAACGAGUACUGGGGCUGGGGUGGCGAGGACGAUGACAUCGCCACCAGGGUGCGCCUGGCAGGCAUGAAGAUUGCCCGCCCGCCCAUCUCCAUCGGCCACUACAAGAUGGUGAAGCACAAGAGCGACAAAGGCAACGAGGAGAACCCCCACAGCCGGUGA